AUGUUUGACCGACCAAAGAGCAGAAACCUGCAGUCGUCCAAAGUACCGUCUUCACGAAUAGGACGCCUCUUCCACUACGGAGGUCUCGCGGCGUCGCUCAGCUUCGGUGCUGCUUCUGAACUCAUCCGCCGAACGACGCAUAGUUCCGACGGGCAUGCCGCAGCCUCGCUCAUGCUGACAGAGGGAAACAUCAAGCGUCUCGUAUCAAAGUUGACACAGAUGCGUGGUGCUGCACUGAAGCUCGGCCAGUUCAUGAGUAUACAAGAUAGCCACGUGCUACCACCAGAGAUAGAGGACAUCUUCCGCCGCGUCCAAGAUAGCGCACAUUACAUGCCUGACUGGCAAAUGGAGAAAGUCAUGCACGACUCCCUUGGACCCUCCUGGAUGUCGAACUUCGAGUCGUUCGAUCGCCUCCCCUUCGCCGCGGCCUCCAUAGGCCAAGUGCACUCCGCCAUGCUGGCUGCCUCUGCCUCGCCCACCGGCAAGGCUGAGCCUGUUGCGGUCAAGAUCCAGUUCCCGAACAUCGUCAACUCGAUCAACAGUGACCUCGGCUACGUGAAGAUGCUAUUGACUGCCGGCCGCCUCUUGCCUCCAGGGCUGUUCCUGGACCGGACAAUCCAGGUCAUGAAGGAGGAAUUGGCGGAUGAGUGUAAUUAUGCCCGUGAAGCGAGCUUCUUGCGGCGGUUCCGAGAAGAACUCGGCGGGGAUGGGAGGUUCAAGGUGCCGUGGGUCUGGGAGGGGAGCACGGAUAGGGUGUUGGUGAUGGAGAAGGUGGAUGGCGUGAGCGUGGGCGGCUCGAUCAUCGACAAGCUGUCUCAACGCGACCGCGACGACAUUGCGACGCGCAUCAUAGACCUUUGUCUUCGCGAGCUCUUCGUCUUUCGCGUGAUGCAGACUGACCCGAACUGGACAAACUUCCUCUGGAACCCGCGCUCGCGCCAGAUAGAACUCGUCGACUUCGGCGCGACGCGUAAGUACACCAAAACGUUCAUCGACGACUGGCUGCACCUCCUCUCGUCUGCCGUCGCGGAGGAUCACGACGCGUGUAUCGAGUGGAGCCUGAAGCUCGAAUACUUGACCGGCGAGGAGAACGACGUGAUGCGAGAGGCACACGUACGGUCGAUGAUCCUGCUUGGCACGCCGUUCAAGGCGGGCACGAGGCAGCCGUUCCGGUUCGGUCAGGGGUCGGAAUGGACAGAUAUCACGGCAGAGAUUAGGGCGCAAAUACCGGUUAUGCUCAAGCACCGGCUCACGCCGCCUCCGAGGGAGACAUACAGUCUGAAUAGAAAAUUGAGCGGGGCGUUUUUGCUGGCAUCCCGGCUGAAUGCGUCGGUGGAUUGCAGGACGUUGUGGAAGAACGUCACGGACGGGUACCGCUUUGGUUGA